AUGGCAUUAGAAUUUGUUACUGGGGUGUUUGCAUCUGUUGUUGUGCAAGAGUUUAUAGACACCAUUAAGAGUUUUGGUUGUGAUCAGUUUCGCCAUGUGAUUGCCGAUGUGGAGAAGAAGCUCCAAGCUCUUGAGAUGAGUUAUGUCAAAGCUCAAUCAAUGCUUGAUAAGGUAGAUGGUUGGGAGCUCAUAAGCAGCAAGCUGCACCGAGAGUGGGUUGGGGAUGUUAAAAGAGCUUGUUAUGACAUCGAAGACUUAAUUGCAGAUGUCGUAGGUGAGAUGAGGAAGACACAGAACGAUCUGUCAUUCUUGAAGAACUGGAUUGUCUCUCGGGAAAUCGACGAGCAGCAACAGAACUUGGAUGCUCUGUUAGAAAAAGCAUCUAACUUGGUUACUCUUCAUAGCAUGGAACAUCCCAGAAACACAGUUGGAAGUGGGCCACUGACUGACUUCAAGCCUUUCAAAAGGGAGUCCGAGAAGGAUGAGAUCAUCAAGAUGCUGUUACUUUCGACGACCUUCAGGGGGAGCAGUAGUGCUGCCAGCAGCAGUAGAUCAGGGAGAGGGACUACUGGUAUCAUUGUGUUGAUAGAAGGAAUGCUGGGGCUAGGGAAAACCUUCCUAGCUUAUAGGAUCAAGAACGAUAUCAAGAUUCAGCGGUUCUUCGACCAAAAAUUCUGGGUUAAUUUGUCAGGGAAGUUCAAUUUGGCUGAAGUUUUAAGGUCAAUAAUGGUCCAAGCAGAUAUGGAGGAGUAUCAGGAGAAACAACAGUUAGAGGUUGAACUGAAAUCUUUCAGAGACUGGUGUAAAGGAAAAAGAAUUUUCAUUGUCAUAGAUGACUUGUGUAAUUUUCUGAAUCUGCAAGAUUGGGAAGUAUUUGAAUCUCUUCUCCAUUCCACCCUUGCAUUCGCCAUUCUUAUCACCACUCGCAAUCCGAAAGUCACAAAGUCAUUAACUUCUAUUAGUAUUGUUCCUGUCAUUACCCAUUACUUGAAAGGGCUAUCUAUAGAAGAUUGUCAAUCGAUCAUCCUAGGGGAUUCAGAAUCAUAUAUUACCCACACUAACAAUUCCAAGAGAAGGCGUCAUACACAGGAACAGACUGCACUUGAGAUAGCUGAAAGAUUCUGCAAAGGCUUACCUUUGGUGGCCAAUGUCAUAAAACUCAACCUCUAUUCUGAGCCUGAGGGACGAUGGUCCAACAUCUUGUGUAGAGACUUAUGGGAGAUACCAGUAUUUAGAGAACAAAUAUUUCCAGCUUUCAGGUUGAAUUAUUCAGAUAUCUCCCAACCUCUGAAAAAUUGUUUCUGUUAUCUCUCUCUUUUCCCUAUCGACUACAAUUUCAAGAAGGAAGAUCUGGUACAAUACUGGAUUGCAGAAGGAUUCAUUAUGCAAGGGCAUCCAGGGGAACCACACCACACUGCAGGCAGCCUAGAAGAAAUGGGGAACCAUUUGUUUGAUGAGUUGUUAUCGAGGUCAAUUAUUGUCUACGAAAAUGAGGCAAUAGUCUACAAAAUGCACGAAUAUAUCCACUGUUAUACUCAACACGUCAGCUCAGACCUUUACAUGCGGAUCGAUGAACGAUUUAUCGAUGCACACUCAUCUUUGAGCAACGGUAUGCCCUCUUCUACUGUGAUUUCUCGGACUUGGUUCAGUAAACCCAGACAUGUAUCUCUUGUUUCCCGGAACAUUACAACUUCAGUACUGAAGGAUUUGGAAAAAUGCAAGGGUUUGCGUACACUUGUUACCCUCCUUGAGCGCGUAGAAAUCAAAGAGCUUGCGUAUGGACUUUUCAGUAAGCUACAAUCCCUUCGAGUACUCAACUUGAGUGCAACUUAUAUCAAGGAGCUCCCAGGAUCAAUUGGCAAUUUGAAACACCUUCAGCUCCUAGAUGUGUCUAGGACAUAUGUUGAGGACUUGCCCAUAUCAAUUUCUAAGCUCACUAGACUACAAGUGCUCAGACUAACUGGUUGUUAUAUACUUGAACUACCUAAAGAUAUGCACAAGUUGACUAACCUAGUUCAUCUUGAGUUAGACAAACGUUUGUUUUGUAUGCCUCCUCACAUCGGGAAGCUAACCAAACUCCAGACACUUCCUGAAUUUAUCGUGGGUACUGAGGAUGGGUGUCGGAUAACAGAGUUGAAUAAUUUGAAGCAGCUUCAGGGAUCGAUAUGCCUUACAAAACUUGAAAACGUUGGGGACAAAGAUGAAGCUAAGAAAGCCAUGCUGGGCAACAAGCGAUUCAUCAAAAAGUUGGAACUUGGAUGGAUCAAGGACUCGAAUGAUACACGACUACAAGCAAAAGGAGUCCUCAAGAGACUUGAACCUCACCGAGAUUUGGAAGAACUAAAAGUGAUUGGAUAUGGUGGUGCUAAGUUUCCGAAUUGGUUAAGUAGCCCAGAAUGCAAGCUCACUAGCAUUCAUCUGCGAAGAUGCUAUGGAUGCAGAAGAUUGCCAAUUCUAGGCCAAAUUCCAUACCUGAAAGCUCUUCAUAUACAGGAAAUGUGCAGGGUGCAAUAUGUGGAUGAUGAGUUUUCAGGAGGAACAACUUCUAAUUUCCCGGCAUUGGAGUUGCUAAUACUUCAAGACAUGGAAAACCUUAAAAAGUGGCAAGGAACAAUGUUCAUGCCUCGCUUACGUGAUCUCAGGAUCUUGGGUUGUCCAGUGUUGCGCGCUCUGCCUUAUCUUAAUCGGCUUGCUGCCCUGAUAAAUUUGGAAAUAAAGGAUUGUGCAGCACUGCAGUCAUUGCCGGAUGGAAUUAUGCCGCUGUCUCUUAAACAGUUGAUCAUCGAAGAUAGUGAUUUGCUAAAACAAAGAUGCCUUCAAGAAGGUGGUGCUGAUUGGUGCAAGAUCAGCUUGGUCCCGAGGGUAGUUAUUGACUUUGAACCCAUUGAAACCUUGACUAGCUAUACAAUUCACGAAGUUGAUCACCGUCCCUGA